GAUCCUGUUGCAGCUGUCGAAGCGACGUCCAGUCAGGAUAUAGAUAUAUUCCAGUGGUAUUCCUGCAAUAUGGCAGAACCAAUAUUUCACCCGACCUGCUGAAAUACCAGUGAUUGUUUGCACGAAGUGUCAAUUUGCAGUACAACCUAAAGAGGUAAUUCAGCAUCUCCAGAGCACCCAUCAUCGGCUACCUUUAGGAAUAGCCAGACAAAUCAGCAUUGAACUCCAGGGCUGGGAUCAAAUCAAUGCAUGUACUCAGUGGAUGGUACCAGCAACAGUCACCAAGUCCAUCCCUGGGCUCCCAAUCUACACUGAUGGCAUCCAAUGUCGCCGGGACCCUUGGUGUCAAUUUGUGGCCCGUACAGCUAAGACCAUGGACAGUCACUGGCGUACAGCACACCAGUGGUCUCCUCCACAUCGGCCUGGCCAGCGCGGACGCUAUAUACGGGCUGUAGUGGAGCAGGACUUCCAGCAGGCCACCACAAUGGUUUCAUGCCAGCGGGCUUUUACCCAUGGAGUGGGGUCCCAUUAUAUCCAUGUGCAACAACCCAGUUUAGACAGCACUGUGAAUGUUGAGGUGGACGACACUCCCCAGCCACUGAUGGUAGACCAGUUGGUGGCCCAAUUGGAAGAUGCUUUUACUGAGCAGCAAGCCCGCCGCACUGUGAUCGAGGCUGGGGAGCAGGAUGAGGCCAACCCAUGGCUCCGUCGUACGCAGUGGGCUGUCUAUCUGGCCGGUCUAGACCCCCAGCAGCUGGUUGACUGCGUCCAGCGGCCCAAUGAGGUGGAAAUGGACACUGCUGCUGAUGAGCGAGCUGCUGCGGCAAUCUGGGAUUCCAUGGAAGCUGUGGCCCGCAUGAGCCAGAAGGUCAGCAGCCAUGCUGGCCACAUGAUCCGGAUUGAAGCAGUACGCACUGAGCGGGAUCAGACCCCCCAUACUCCGCUGCAGGCUUAUAUGGACGAGGACAACAUCGUACGGCAUACCAUCCCAUGGCAGCAGGUGCUCAUGUUUUUUGCCCGCACGCAGAUCCAGCAUGACUGGGCGAGCCCGCAUUAUCGAUUUACCAAGCGACAGCGGAAGACAUGGCAGGCUGUGUGGCGAUUGGCCUGGGCUGAUGGGAGCCGAAGCAAUUCGGUAAGUAGUAUGCUGACUCUGAAGGUCGGACAAGAAAGCUAAGGAAGCUAUCAUAGCCCACUGGCAAGGCAACUGGAGAAUCCACUCAUCAAUCACACCAAUUGGAUCCCCAAUCUGGCGCUCCAUCCACUGCCCGCAGCUCCCCCGAUCCCAUUGCAGAGCAGCAGGCACCGGAACAAGCCCACGGCAAGUCUGAACUAGCCCCCAUCGACAUUGCUUGCUUGGAUUUUUGUAUCGAGCUGCUGAAUCAGCGGAUCCAGGUUGAAGACUAUGAAUGCGCCUUGAUCUGCGCCUUAGCUGUACUAGGGCAUGGAGAGGGCGGAUGGCGUGAUGCUGAGAGCUAUCCACCCAUCUUGU